GUUGUAUGUGUUAUGACAUGACGAGCGAGGUCAGAGUUGAAUGUUUGACAGAGAGAGCCCAGUAUGGAUGCCAUAUUCCACGAGAAACAAGAGGGCUCUCUCUGCGCCCAGCACUGCCUCAACAACCUACUGCAGGGUGAAUACUUCACUCCUGUGGAUCUCUCCUCUAUUGCCCAUCAAUUGGAUGAAGAGGAGAGGAUGAGGAUGGCAGAGGGAGGAAUGGGCAGUGACGAGUACAGAACCUUUUUACAGCAACCAUCUGGAAAUAUGGAUGACAGUGGGUUCUUUUCAAUACAAGUUAUUAGCAAUGCUCUGAGUGUAUGGGGACUGGAGCUUAUUCUUUUCAACAGUCGAGAGUACCAGAGCCUGAUGAUAAAUCCAAUAAAUGAGAAAGCCUUCAUAUGCAAUUACAAGGAGCACUGGUUUACUGUACGCAAACUUGGACAACAGUGGUUUAACUUGAAUUCCCUUUUGACUGGACCGGAGUUGAUCUCGGACACUUAUUUAGCGCUUUUCCUUGCACAGUUACAGCAAGAGGGUUAUUCCAUAUUUGUAAUCCGAGGACAUCUUCCAGAGUGUGAAGCGGAGCAGAUUCUUGGGAUCAUGAGAGUGCAACAGCAGCAGCGGCCAAAACUUAUUGGCGAGGACCAAGCUCAGACAAGUGCAGGCAGGUUGGCGACUCUGAGCCAGACAGAGAUAGGCUUCAAUGUCCAGAGUGACGCUGUAGAUGAAGAUGAAGCGCUGAAGAGAGCUCUCGCACUCAGCAGACAGGACAUUGAUGUAGAAGAUGAGGAAGCUGAUCUUCGCAGGGCCAUUCAGCUUAGCAUGCAAGGAGCCGUGUUGACCAACGCUUCUACAGAUUCUAGUAGCGGACGUGUGAGAGUAGACAGCAAGGCUGAAGGAGAACUAAGAGGCAACAAUGAAAUGCUCACAGCAGACGAGCUAAGGAAAAGGAGGCAAGCUUACUUUGACCGGCAGCAGCAACCUCUCCAGUCUAACAUUCCUUCACAAGAAAACACAACAUCAAUAGAGAACAGUAGCACUGAAGUGGACCAACAACAAAAGCCUAGCCUGUGAGGUUGGGGUGAAAAAAACAUCUGCUUUUGUCAAAAAGCUCCCUGGGCCUUUAACCCCUUCCUCUCGUCUACCUAUUUGCAAUUUUUUGCGAACGUGAACAUUCAGGAGAAAUUAAUCUUUUUUUUCCCCUGUUGCUUCCCUGACGGACAUACAGUAUGAGGACAUGAGAAAAAGACAGCAGGCGGCCUGGUGUUGCUUCCAAUGAGGAUGCAGAGAAGCUGAACUCAUGAUGCAGUGAAACAAGUUUGCCUUUUUUUUUUUUUUUUUUUUUUUUUUUGAACCAUGGCGCCUUCUAUUUGUACUUAAUGUAGUACUGUAUUAUUUUUUUCUCUGCAAGGAAUAGAUAAAGGUAGUGUUCCAAACAAAAGGGUAUUGAUGGUGGGUGGUAAACUCUCUUCUAUUGUUUAGUUGUGAAAUUGCGCCUAUGUUUUACAU